AACAAUGGCAUAACAAAUGGAAACAUCAGGAAUUCAAGAUACCCUUUUUGGGGUAUGGCUAGGUCAAAGGAAAAUUUCACAAAACUCUCCACAUAAGAAUAUUUCCAUUUGGUACUCUUUCACUCCCAUCCCACACAGACUUGUAUAUUUUUUCAUGAGAGGCUGAAAUUAAAAAACAACAAAGAGAUGCGAACAAGCAAUCAGACUCUUUCAGCUCUCCUUUCUCAUUUGACAGGAUCUCUAUUUGCCUUCAUAUAAAUACACCAGAGUCCAUGGAAACCAUAGCAACUAAACCACCAACAAACUACUAUCUAUUUCCUUGCAAAUAACCCAAAAGGCUAUACUAAAAGAAGUUGUGUAGGAAGAUAUGGGUAGGAAGAGAAAGGGUGGUGAAACUUUGGAGGAUAAAAGCUCCAGUGAAGGAACCAUGGCUUGGGAUGAGAUGGUCAAGGAAGCUGCUGAGGCAACUGCACUAGGAGGCGUCAGGAGAGCUAGGAAGCGAUUUGUCGGUGUCCGGCAAAGGCCUUCAGGCAGAUGGGUUGCUGAGAUUAAGGACACCAUACAAAAAAUAAGGGUGUGGUUAGGUACCUUUGAUACUGCAGAGGAAGCAGCGAGAGCUUAUGAUGAAGCUGCUUGUCUGCUUCGUGGUGCAAAUACAAGAACAAAUUUCUGGCCUUGUUCUCCAUCUUCUUCAACAACUCCAGCUCUUCCUUCAAAGAUUACAAACCUUCUUAUCCAAAGACUCAAAGCUAGAAACAACUCUUCUUGCCAUUCUGCGUCCCCUUCUCGCUCUUCUGUGUCUCCUUCUCUUCCCAUCAUCAACCAGCAAGAACAGCAAGAAGUGAAGGAAUAUAGAGAAGAAACAGCAGAUUUCUCAGACACCCAAUUCACUGAUUUCCUCAAUGAUCCUGAAGAUUACAUCACUUGCAACGAUAACAUUAAUAGUACUAGUUCAAGCGCUAUUGAUUACAUGGCAACCAGUCUUGAGUCAUGUUUAACUGAGAAAGAAGAUAGUGGAGGAAAAGAAAUGGAUUUUGACUAUAACUGUUGUGAUAUAGCACAGUCUCGUAGUUUUGAUGUUAACAACUUAGAAGAUGAAGGCCAAGAAGAUGGGGAAGAAGGCGAAGGAGAAGGGACCGGGACCGAGACCGAUAUAGGUGCCUUGGAUUUCCAUUUUGUUGAUGAUAUUGGAUCAUCUUGUUACUACUCUCCUUUUGAAAUUGCUGAAGUAAUUGAGGAGCCAGCGGAGCAAGAGACGUUUGGAGAUGAGCCUUCAAUGCUUAGAGCAGUCAUGAAGAGGAUGAAAUAUGAAAGGAAGUUCUCUGCUUCUCUUUAUGCCUUCAAUGGGAUUCCUGAGUGCUUAAGGUUGAAGCUUGGAUCAGGAAAUGUCAAGGGGAAAGAAAGGUCUGCUCAAUUAACGAAUCUUCGAGACGCAUGUAACAAGAACAAAGAGAAGGAUAGGAAAGCAAAAGAAGAGAAUUUAGAAGUGAUGGAGAAGAAACAGGAGAACUCACAAAGCUCAUCAAUUGAAAUGGGGUCUUCUGCUUCAUCUUCUUCCUUGAGCAAUGAUGGUGAAUUGUCACUUUGGAGUUCCCUUGAUCUUCCACCAAUCUGCUUUGUUAACUAAAUUCAUUUUUAUGAUCUUCAUUUCCUAAGCAUUUCAUACUCUUGAGAUUCACAAGUCAACAAACCUUAGUUGGAUCAAUUUCAGGCAAUUCUAAUACAAAAGUUUCAUAUCAAGUUUAAAGAUCUUAAAAGUUCUUUCAACUUAGAUUUCUUCCUUCUCUUGUCUGGGCUUCCACUAAUAUCAAAUUCAUCAGCACUUUGCUUUCUU